UAAGCGUUGCAGCUCAGGGGAAAAUCCAGGAAGUAGAGAGAGCAGUCAUAUGCUGCAGCAACAAAACACACACACGGAGAGUUCACAACAGCAAGCUGAAGCUUCAGCUACACAGAAAUGGGGCCCUUAGCGGUAACUCAGCUCCUUGCCCUGAUCUCACUGACCGUUGCCCUGGACAACGGAUUGCUAAAGACUCCACCAAUGGGAUGGAUGGCCUGGGAACGCUUUCGCUGUGAUAUCGCCUGUAAAGAGGACCCAAAAAACUGCAUCAGCGAGGGUCUGUUCAGAGACAUGGCUGACCGGCUGUCUGAGGAUGGCUGGAAGGAGCUGGGCUAUGAGUAUGUAAUCAUAGACGACUGCUGGAUGUCCAGGCUGAGAGACAAACAAGGGAGGCUGCAACCUGAACCCUCCAGGUUCCCAGGGGGCAUAGCAAAACUGGCUAAGUACAUCCAUGACCGUGGACUGAAGCUGGGAAUCUAUGCAGACAUGGGCACUCACACAUGUAUGGGAUACCCUGGCACCACGCUGGAUAAAAUCAAUAUUGAUGCCCAGACCUUUGCUAGCUGGGGGGUAGACUAUCUGAAGUUUGACGGCUGUUCCUCAAAUGCUGUAGAACAAAUGCUAGGCUACCCUCUGAUGUCCAAGGCUUUAAAUGCUACAGGCAGACCUAUGGCAUACUCCUGUAGUUGGCCUGUCUAUGUAGGAGGCCUUCCCCCUAAUGUCAACUACACUUUCCUUGGUGACAUUUGUCACUUGUGGAGGAAUUACUAUGAUAUCCAGGACUCAUGGGACAGUGUGCUUAGUAUUGUUGAGUGGUUCUCCAACAACCAGGAUGAUCUGCAGCCGGCUGCGGGGCCUGGACGGUGGAAUGACCCUGACAUGCUCAUCAUUGGAAACUUUGGUCUCAGUGUGGACCAGGCCCGCUCUCAGAUGGCUCUGUGGGCUAUAAUGGCUGCACCUCUCAUCAUGUCCAAUGACCUUCGAAACCUGGACAACAGCGCCAGGACCAUCCUGCAAAACAAAAUGGCUAUUGCAAUAAACCAGGACCCCAUGGGAAUCCAGGGAAGACGCCUAUUGCAGGAGAAGAGUCAUGUUGAGGUUUACUGGAGGCCUCUGUCUCAGUCAGCCAGUGCCCUCGUGUUCCUGAGUCGACGGACAGACAUGCCCUACCUCUACCACAGCUCUCUGGGUAAACUCAGCUACGAUGCUGGCAACUAUGAGGCCUAUGAUGUGUUUACUGGCGCAACAGUGACGGGUCUGAACGCCACCACAGAGUUUACCUUCUCCAUCAACCCCUCGGGUGUAGUCAUGUGGUACGUGUACCCCCAAAAAGCAUCCAAACAGACGAAGAUGCUCAGGAAAACCUCAAAACUCACAUGGCAAAAAACUGUACCGAAGCAUAGGAUUGUGUUAUGAAGUAACUGCUGUAAAUGCUAAUCUCAAAUUGUAUGGAAUAAUUGGAAUGCUGAAAGUCUCAAACAAAGCAUUUUCAGCUUAAUUUGGUUUAUGGAAUAGAUAUUCUGCGGCACUGAUUUUAAUGACACCAAACAUAAUCAUUUUGAAUUCUGUCAUAUUUUUGUAUUGUUUAGAAGUGCCUUUUUCUUCAAUUGAAUAAACAUGUACUAUUUUU